UGCUCUGUCUAUAGCUCCGUCUGCUAGUGGCUUCUGCAACCAGCUGAGUCUUUAAUCUCUCCGUCUGCACACCUGUGAGUCCGUCUGUCUGUCCGCUCGUCCGUCCGUCUGUCCUGCACGAUGCUGGGACGCGCUCUGCUUCAGACCUCGUUGAUCCUGUGGCUGGCCGAACGCUCUUUCCAAGGAGGAGUGAAGCCUCAGGGAAAUGGAGCUCUGGGUCGCAUGUUCAUGCCAUCAGCAAUGAGAGGUAAUGGUGGGUUAGGAAUUGGCCAAGGAGGGAUGAAAGCAGGAGGAGCCGGCGUACCUCAAGGACUGCAGCCUGGGCGUGGCGGAGCAGGAGCCAAGCCUGGCAAGGCAGGAGGUCGUUACCCUGGAGGGUUACCUCAGCAAGGUUUAGAUCCCUAUGGUGCUGGGGCUGGUUUUAAAGCAAUGAAAGCUGGACCUGGUUUGGGACAGUUGGGAGGGGGGCCAGGAGCAGGGAAACAGAAACCAGGCUAUGGUGGUGCCGGAGGUAAGGCACAGAAGCAAGGCUAUGGUGCUGGAGCAGGAGGUUACCCCACUGGGGGGCAACAGCCAGGCUAUGGUGCUGAACCUGGACUCCCCACUGGACUGGGAGCCAAGGCUGGAAAACAAGCCGGAUAUGGUAACGGUGGGGGAGCCUAUCCUGGGGCUGGAUUGGGAAAUGGGUACAGAGCUCCUUAUGGGAAUGGUCAAGCUGGGAUUCCUCAAGCUGGCAAAGUCAAACCUGCAGGCUAUGGUAACGGAGGGGGUGCUUAUCCAGGCGCUGGGCUAGGAAAUGGAUAUGGAAACGGUCAAGCUGGGAUUCCUCAAGCUGGCAAAGUCAAACCUGCAGGCUAUGGUAAUGGAGGGGGUGCUUAUCCAGGCGCUGGGCUAGGAAAUGGAUACGGAAACGGUCAAGCUGGGAUUCCUCAAGCUGGCAAAGUCAAACCUGCAGGCUAUGGUAACGGAGGGGGUGCUUAUCCAGGCGCUGGGCUAGGAAAUGGAUACGGAAACGGUCAAGCUGGGAUUCCUCAAGCUGGCAAAGUCAAACCUGCAGGCUAUGGUAACGGAGGGGGUGCUUAUCCAGGCGCUGGGCUAGGAAAUGGAUACGGAAACGGUCAAGCCGGGAUUCCUCAAGCUGGCAAAGUCAAACCUGCAGGCUAUGGUAACGGAGGGGGUGCUUAUCCAGGCGCUGGGCUAGGAAAUGGAUACGGAAACGGUCAGGCUGGAGUUCCAGAAACAGCAGGAUAUGGCAACGGCUAUGGAGCGGGAGUGCAGCCUGGAUAUGGCAACGGCUACCCCAGUGUGUUGGCUGAUGGAGCUGGUCUUGGAGCGAAGGCAGGGAAGGGCGCAGGCGGUCUCUAUGGCAACGGUGGUCCCACUGGUAUCGGAGCAGAACAAGCCAAAUAUGGUGGAGCUGGUCAGGGCCCCUAUGGUGCUCAGCCCCUCCUCCCCGCUGGGCUGGGAGCCAAUGGGAAGGCUGGGAAGUAUGGAGGUGGUCAGCUUCCCUAUGGAGGACAGCCAGUGGUGCCGGCCGGACUAGGGCCUGAUGCUGGACUGGGAAAAUACGGGGGCGCUGGUCAGCUUCCUUACAACGGAGCCCCAGUGAUGCCAGCUGGACUGGAUGGACCCUAUGGGGGAGCCCAGCCCUACGGAGGAGCUGAUGAGAAAUCAGCAGGAAAAUACGGCAAUGGAGGCAUGGGCUACAUGAAUGGUGGUGCACAACCAGCAGGUCCUGAAACCAGUGACCCAUCCCUCCCAGCAAACCCUGGCAGCGACAGCACCAGUAUUCCCAGUCCAGACACCCAUUCCCAAUCCCAGUUGCAGCUCCAGGCGGAGUUAGAGGCGCAGGCAAAAUCGCAGUAUAACCACCCACAGCUGAAUGCGCAGCUGAACCCGCAAUUCCACCCGCAAACCAAGGGGCAAACCAAGGGUCAGAAAAAGCCAUGCAAGAAAGGCUACAACGGACAGCUGGGAGCCCCCCAGGGUCAAGGCCCCUACGGAGGCAAAGAAGGAAAAUAUGGACGAAACGGUUUCCUUGGCAACGGAUACAGAGGCUAAUUUCCAGAACCCAACUGCCAAUCCAAAUUUUCUUUGAUUUUUUUAAUUUUGUUUUUUAUUUUAUAUUAUUUUUCUGAUGAAAGGGCACUAGCAGCUUCAUAAGCGUUGCUUGUUUUGAUUUCGAUUUUUGAUGUAUUUGAUGAUUUUUUUUUUUAAAUCAUUCUUUGGCUUUGUUUCAUGUCAUCUCUCAACCAAGUUUUUAACUGUAUUUGAAUCCCACCUUUCAGAAUAUAAAAAAAAAAAAUACAAAUAAA